AUGGGAGAAUAAGACAGAGAAUAGAGUUUAAUAUAGCAUGGGUAGCAAUAAUAGAGAGAUUUAGCUUAAAAUCUAGAAAUGAGAAGGUGGUUUAUAUUAGCUGUAUUCUCACUAUUUUCAUUUUCAAACGCAUCAGGAUUUGUAACAUUCUCUCCUAUUAUUUAGUAAUCUUAAGACUUUUACAAUGUCUCUCAACAAGAUAUUUUAUGGUUAGCUAAUUGUUACUAUCUAACAUAUACUUUUCUUGCUAUUCCUACACUUUAUUUCUUUCGCUGGAGAUUAGAUUUUUCUCUUAUCAUAGGAGUAUUUCUAAAUGCCUUAGGAGGUUGGCUGAGAUAUAUAGGCAAUGAUUAAUAUUCUUUUGCUAUCAUGGGUUAAAUAGUACUAUCAAUUGCUUAACUAUUUAUUUUACCUGCCCCUGUUUUUAUAGCUGAAAGAUGGUUUGGUAUGAGUGAAAGAGUUACAGCUACAGGUAUUAUGUACUUUGGUAAUGUUCUAGGAGUUAGCUUUGGCUUUUUGACUUCUGUUUACUAUGUUACAGAUUCAAGCAAACUAAAUACUUACUUAUUUUAUAUGGCAAUAUGUCUUUCACUAGCAGCUCCUUUAAGCAUUUUUGUCUUUAAAAAUUAACCAACAAAACCAGCUAAUUAGUCAAGCAGUAAUACCAAUAAAAUUGACGUUAUCUAAACUGUGAAAAUGAUAUUUACAAAUCCAAAGAUUCUAUUAAUUACUGUAUCACUUUCCCUUUAUUUAGGUAUUUCAUGGACCCUUAUUUCUAUUAUAGAUAUACUAUUAAGUGAUUAUGGAAAUGAGCAAAUCGCUUUAAUUGGUUUAUGCAUUAAUGUGAGUGGAACUAUUUCAGGAACUUUAACAACUUAUCUGCUAGACAAAGUUAUGCAAAAAGGAUAAAAACCAAAUUAUGAUCUUUACUUGCGUCUUUUUGCUACGAUCUCUCUCAUUUCUAUCUUUAUAUUUUCCUUGAUGCUUUAGCUAGGGCUUUAAGACAAUAACAAAGUAAUUAUUUAUAUGAUAUGUGCCUUCAUAGGUGUUGGAUUUUAAGCUUUUAUUCCUAUUUCAGCUCAAUCUUUUUUAGAAAAUCUAUAUCCCAUGCAUGAAGUCACUUGCUUUACAACUUUUAACAUAUUUGCUAAUAUACUUGGAUUUAUAGGAAAUAUAGUAACAUCUAUUGAUGGUAUAGGAACAGCUGGAGCCUGGAUUUUGGUAGGAAUGAUUAUUCCUCUAUACAUAUAUUUAGUGUUUAAAUAUAAAACUAAUUGUGCUAGAUUUGAUUACGAAAUUAAUUAAAAUGAGAAAUAAAAAUAGAUAGAUUAAGUGUCAUCUUAUUCUGCUUAUUGA